AUGCACGUCGCAGCGUUCGCCUUCCUAGCGCCGUUGGCUUCGAGACAGCAGGCAGCAGCUCCCAAGCAGCAGCAGCAGCAGGGACCGGUCUUCGUCGCCAAGGAGUACCCAGCAACGCGCUGGCUGCGACGACCAUACGCCGCCAGCACCAGCACCAGCAGUAGCAGCUUUGAGGAGGGAUCGGGAUCGCGUUCCCCGUGGUGGUCAAGGAGCACGGGUUGGCUGCAUCGCAGAGCAGGUCCACAGAUUUCUUCACCAAGCAGCAGCACUUCCAUGUCCGCUACCGCCGAAGUAACCUCGCCCAGCGAGAAGAAAAUGAAGACGGGAAGCACUCACGAGGCCAAGACCGCGUGUCCCGAGGCGGGGGUGGAGUCCAUCGCCACCGAGCACUGCUUCAACGUCGAGGUCGACAAGGCUAGGCCUAUGGACGCCGGUCAGAAGGACGCCCUGCAAUGGCUGCUGAGGGAGACCUUCGAGCCCGAGAAGACGUCCGAGUCAAGCUUCCUGUCGGGGGAGCAAGGAGGAGACUCCUCGAAGAGCGUUCUCCUCGUGGAGGUCGGGCCGCGCCUUUCGUUCGAGAGCGCCGUCUCUUCCAACGCCAAGAGCGUCUGCCGGGCGUCGGGGAUCGAGGGGGUCACCCGCUUGGAGGUUUCGAGGCGGUUCUUGGUGUCUUCCGCCCGCCCCCUGGGCGAGGCGGAGAGGGCGUCAUUCGUGGCCCUGGUGCACGACAGGAUGACGGAGAUGGAGUACCCCGAGCCUUUGCAGACGUUCCACAGCGGCGAGGAGGCGGAGCCGGUGGUUGUGGUCCCCAUCCUCGCCGAGGGCCGCGAGGCUCUGGUGGCGAUCAACGAGACUCGCGGCCUUGGGUUCGACGACUGGGACCUGGAGUUCUACGAGAAGCUUUUCAAGGAGAAGCUCGGGAGGGACCCCACGGACGUGGAGCUGUUCGACAUGGGACAGGCGAACUCUGAGCACUCCCGGCACUGGUUCUUCUCCGGCAAGAUGGUCAUCGACGGGGAGGAGCAGGCCAAGACCCUCUUCAAGCUCGUCAAGGAGACGCUUCCCAAGGGAGCGGCAAACAACAGCAUCAUCGCCUUCCACGACAACUCGUCGGCCAUCAGGGGCCCGCUCUGCCCCGUGGCCCUCCCGUCGACCCCGGGAAAGCCGUCCGCCAUCAAGAGCGGGGAGCGCACCCUGCACCCCAUCCUCACGGCAGAGACCCACAACUUUCCCAGCGGCGUCGCCCCCUUCCCCGGGGCCGAGACUGGCACGGGGGGGCGCCUGAGAGACGUGAUGGCCACCGGCCGCGGCGCGAAGCCGAUCGCCGGCAUCAGCAGCUACUGCGUCGGCAACCUCCGCAUCCCCGGCUACCCCCUCCCCUGGGAGGAGGACUGGCCCUAUGCUUCCAACCUCGCCACCCCGCUUGACAUCGAGAUCGGGGCGAGCAACGGCGCGAGCGACUACGGCAACAAGUUCGGAGAACCGGUGGUGCACGGCUUCACAAGGUCCUUCGGGCAGAGGCUGCCCGGGGGGGAACGCUUCGAGUACGUGAAGCCCAUCAUGUUCAGCGCCGGCAUCGGUCAGAUGGACGCCGUGCACGCGGACAAGGGGGACCCCGGAGUCGGCAUGUGGGUCGUCAAGGUGGGAGGACCAGCCUACCGCAUCGGGCUUGGCGGGGGAGCCGCGUCGUCCAGGGUAGGGGAUGCCAAGACUUCCUCCCUCGACUUCGACGCCGUGCAGAGGGGCGACGCAGAGAUGGAGAACCGCCUCAACAGGCUCAUGAGGGCGUGUGUCGAGCUGGGGGACGACAACCCCAUCAUCUCCAUCCACGACCAGGGCGCUGGAGGAAACGGCAACGUGCUCAAGGAGAUCGUCGACCCGGCCGGCGCGACGUACGACAUUCGCAAGGUGCACGUCGGAGACGAGACCAUGUCCGUGCUCGAGAUCUGGGGGGCCGAGUACCAGGAGAACAACGCCCUCCUGAUCAAGCCGGAGAGCACCGAGACCUUCCUCGCCAUGGCCAAGAGGGAGAACUGUCCGGCGUCGCUCCUCGGCAAGGUAUCCGGGGACGGGAAGGUGACCGUCAAGGACUCCCGCGACGGCAGCGUGCCGUACGACCUGCCCCUCAAGGAAGUCCUCGGCGACCUGCCCCAGAAGACCUUCACCGACGUAUCCGUGCCCAUCAAGAGCUCCCCGCUAGACGUGCCGUUGGCUCCGCCCGCACCGGCAGCAGGGAACGGUGGCAAGGGCAACCCCGCCGCCAUGGGCGCGCUCGACCGCGUGCUGAGGCUGCUGCAGGUCGGCUCGAAGAGGUUCCUGACCAACAAGGUGGACCGAUCGGUGACCGGGCUCGUCGCCCAGCAGCAGUGCGUCGGCCCCCUGCAGACCCCGCUCGCCGACUGCGGGGUGGUGGCCUCUAGCCACCUCGCGACCACCGGCAUCGCCACGUCGUGCGGGGAGCAGCCGAUGAAGGGGCUGCUUGACCCCGCAGCCAUGGCCAGGCUCACUGUGGCGGAGUCUCUCACCAACAUCAUGUGGGCCAAGCUCACCUCCCUGGAAGACAUCAAGGCCAGCGGCAACUGGAUGUGGGCCGCCAAGCUACCCGGAGAGUGCGCCAGGAUGUGGAAGGCGUGCGUGGCACUCCGCCAGGCGCUGCUAGACUGCGGCGUCGGCAUCGACGGCGGGAAGGACUCGCUGUCCAUGGCCGCCAGGUGCGGGGACGAGCUCGUCAAGUCCCCGGGGACUCUGGUCAUGACGCUGUACUGCACGUGCGACGACAUCACCAAGACCGUCACGCCGGACUUGAAGCUCAAGGGUACGGGACGGCUGGUCUACAUCGACCUGGGGGGCGGCAAGGCCAGGGUCGGCGGAAGUUGCCUCGCACAGGUUUACGGGCAGCUGGGCGAAACGCCUCCCGACGUGGAGGAUUUCAAGCCGCUGGUGGCCGCCUUCAAGGCUACUCAGGGCCUUCUCGACAGCGGCGCGAUCUCUGCGGGACACGACCGCAGCGACGGAGGGCUGGCGUCCCUUCUCCUGGAGAUGGCCUUCGCCGGGGAGGUCGGGUGCGGCCUUGAGGUCGAUGUGCCCGUCGUUGCCGGCGGCGAGGGUGGGGUGCUGGACGCGCUCUUCAGCGAAGAGGUGGGGUUCGUGGUGGAGGUGUCCGAGGAGCGUCUGUCGGAGGUGAUGGAGGCCUACAAGGUCGCCGGGAUCAACGCCGUCGACAUCGGCAGGGUCACCGACGACGGGAAGGUCUCGAUCAAGGUCGGAGGAGAGGAGGGCAUCGAGGGGACCACCUCCGGGCUGCGGGACGUGUGGGAGGCCACGUCGUUCCAGCUCGAGCGCCUGCAGUGCGACCCGUCCUGCGUGGAACAAGAGGAAUCUUCCAUGGCCGGCCGCACGGGGCCAGACUAUAAGCUCACCUUCGCCCCGGACGCCACCCCUGCGGCGUGGAAAGUCACUGCGCGGCCCAAGGUGUGCGUGCUGCGGCAAGAGGGAAGCAACGGCGACAGAGAGAUGCUGUCGGCCUUCCACGAGGCGGGACUAGAGGCCUGGGACGUCAACAUGAACGACCUUCUCCAAGGCACCAUCACCCUGGAUGCCUUCCAGGGGGUGGUGUUCGUGGGCGGCUUCAGCUACGCCGACGUGCUGGACUCGGCGAAGGGCUGGGCCGCCACCAUCAAAUUCAACCCGAAGGUUUGGGAGCAAUUCGAGGCGUUCAAGGCUAGGAGCGACACGUUCUCCCUGGGCGUUUGCAACGGCUGCCAGCUCAUGGCCCUGCUCGGUUGGAUCCCCAAGACGGAAGGGAUGGCGGCAGAGCAGCAGCCGCGGUUCGUGCACAACACCAGUGGCCGCUUCGAAAGCCGUUGGUCUACCGUAAAGGGGGGAUAA